GGACCAUGUUUUUUUCUGCCUGUCACUGACUAUAGCAUUGCAAUAUUGAAGUGCACCGUGCAAGGCGCAUGCCCCGGAACAUUUCAGGGACACUUGUGUACAUUGCCCACUUUCAUUGACAACUCGAUCAUCCUGCGCCCGAUCCUCGGCCAUGUGCGUUCUCUUCGAUCCAGCGGUGCGAUGACGCCCGGUGCUAUGGACGAACACUACAUGCGCUUGGCUCUGUCGGCCGCUGAGCAAGGAAAACGCCUAGGACACCGGCAAGUUUGCAGGGCACGUUGAAUCGCAUCAUUGUAAUGCGGUUGAAAGCAGUUCCCUUCACGACCUGGUUGUCAGGAGAAGUUGCCGUUGGGUGCGUGUUGGUUCAUCAGAGUGGCGAGGUGCUCGCCAUUGGGCACAAUGAAACGAACUGCUCUCGCAACGGCACUCGGCAUUGUGAGUUCGUCGCCUCGGAGAAAGUGUUGUGUCGGGCCAACGGUCCGGACUUGCUGCGUCACAGCUGUUUGUAUGUCACGCUGGAACCUUGCAUUAUGUGUGCUGCAGCGCUGCAACACUUGGGUGUGCCUGAAGUGGUGUUUGGUGCUGCCAACUCGCGGUUUGGUGGCUGUGGCGGUACCUUUCACGUGGACAAAAUCACAGCUGAAGGGAAAGGAGAUUCUGGAUGUAACGCUGCCCGGCCAGCCUUGCGGGGUUUCAAUUCUCGAGGUGGCAUCCUGGCAGAGGAGGCUGUGAAGCUCUUACAGGACUUCUACAAAUCGGGCAAUCCAAAUGCUCCCGACGUGAAGCGACAUCGGCCUUUGGAAUCGGAUGCAAGUGCCGGUGAGAUGGAAAAAGAGGUCGUGGGAACCGUGGAGUUGGCUCGCAAAGAUGCAGAGAGAAGCAGGAUUCGUUCUCCACAUGUUCUGCACUUCAUUGAUCGCCAUUUUUCUCGCCAUUUUGGGCUGGUUUGGACAGAAGAACGGCUCAACAAAGAAAGGCGCAAUUCGCAAGAGAUAGGGACAGAGAUACUUUCGCCACACUUGGAGACAUUUUUUGCCCCUGCACACGGUUUUCAAGCUGAGUAUUGAGUAUUUUGUUACGAGAGCUGGCGUUUUUAGUUCCUCACUUGUGAGGCUCAGCUAUGCAGUGUGUUAAUGUGUGAUGUUGCUCAGGCUCAGGCUCGAGCCUGCUUGCAGAAACCCGUAUAUAGUUGGACAUUUGCGAGUUUGACCCUAGCCUGAAUCUACAGGCGAGCGUUGUCAAACAAUGUCUGUAACUCUUCUUUGGUGCUCUGGUUUGGCCAAGGAGGCCGCGUUUUCCCAUGCAAUUGUCAGUGCAAAC